UGGCUCGGCAGUCCCUCAGAUACGACGGUCAGUGAAAUAAAUGUGCAACAUGUACUUCUCGAGCUUAAGGCUGAUGGCAGUUUUGCUUGGCUAUUUAGUAGCGCAAGUUAAAACAUAUCCUAUACAAGGAUGGCCGAUAUAUCCCCAAACGGCUAGAGAAUAUCCCGACGAUGAUUACUACUACGCCCCAAAAAUACAGUAUUACUAUGAUGCCCCGGCAAUGAGCAUGCCUGAAGUUUACGGGCAAAUUCAGUACCCUUAUUUCUAUGAUCCCUAUGGCCAUUUUGCGUCGAAUGAGGCGCCAAAAAGGCAAGAGGAAAGACUAGCCGCAUUGCCUAUCGGACAAGAAACGUGGUUUGAGAACGACAACGCGGGCCGAUGGCGAUCCAACGACGUCGAUGACGUCAGUGCGGCCUUUUUAGAUAAUUUGAUCCUUACCCAAAUGGCUCAGGACGCGCAGAGGCGACGCGAGAAUGCCCGCGCAGCGUUCCCGCCUGUUGAUUACGAUGAGGAGCGGGACACCGAGGACGAAGAUGUCCGAGAAUUGAAGGCCUUAGCCGGCAAGCCCUUAUACCACGUACCGAAAACGGUUCCUAGGAUCGAUGACGAGGACUACCCCGCCGACGACGGCUUCAUCAACUGGAACGGCAACAAGCGCAGCGUCACCACCGCAGCGCCUGCAGCCAGCACGGCCGCACCUGAACUGGGCCAGAAAGAAAAGGUCCUACCGCGACCAACUCAAAAUUCCCAUCAACAUCAUCGCGCAGACAACAAAAGAGACCCAUCAUUCUACAAAACCAUCGCCAAAUUACUUUCGAAGAACUCCGAAACUUCAGAGACUCAGGAAUCACCGAAAGCGAGGAGGAUCGAUAAACGCUUCGUGGCCGGAGACAGCGACCUCGUGCUCGAGCUGCGGGGGCUGAAGCAUCGCAUCGCGACUUAAACUGAUGCUAAUGACUACCGCCAACUACCUAUGAGACUGAGUAUUAUAUAGACUAAAUAGAUAUCGACAACGGCGACCUCAAACGAAAUAGUCGCUACAUCAAUUAAAAUUCCAAAAAAAUUAGAGCUCUACGUCUAUCGCAAAUAAUCUCCACAUUCCGUCGCCCGCGUACGAGACCUUUGCCACGUGUUUUACUCAAAGCUGUAGCAGUACGUCGGGGUCUUUUUCGAUUCUUUAUAAUAACUUCAAUGACAUAGAACUAGAAUUAAAUUGUGGAACCGCGUCGAGGUGACGAGUAGGGGUGAAAAUGAUCGUACAAAAAGUGACUAUAAUCUCCAUGAAAAGAGUUGUUGAUUGUAUAUGCAUGAUAGUUUUAUAUUAGGUAUUUUAAUCGAUAAAGAUUAUGAACAAGAAAGUUGUUCCCUUCGAUUGGCAGCUAUUAUAUCGCACGAGGUAAUGUGCAACUGUAAAUAUUGUAGAAUUGAUUGUCUAAGACGUAAUUAUUUAGAUAGAAAUUAAUUAAUCAAAAUUGUGGAAAUACCAUCAAUAUUUCACUUUUACAAAAACGUCUCGGGUUUCUCAUCACUUUUAUACUUAGUUAAGUUUUGUUUUAAC